AGAGACGGGAUAGAUAACCAAUAAAACAACUCGAUAAAACAUCUCCAGCAUAUCGGCAAGUGCCUAUGCACACUUGCAGCACCUCUUGAAAAAUUCCAACCGACGGGGAGCUAAGACACCUGCCCUCUUUAUAACAGGCAAUACAAAAUAACUCAUCAAUUUCUGUCACUAUCUUAGCUAUCUCAAUUAGCAAAGGUGAUCAACGCGGUCGAAACACUGGCAUAGUCGGGGAAUUUGGGAUCAUGGCUCUUGACACUCGGGGCAAGCAAGAGAAAGAUUUUGUCGACGGGGUUUUCUGCAGUCGGGAAAAAAAACCCGUGGCAUUCGAGAGGGGAAACUGCCACGGGAGAACGUGCUAAAACCAUUUAUACCUAUACCCACCUCUCAAUAACGAGAGGAUUUAUGAAUCACACGUCGUCCAUGUGAGAUAAAAAUGCCCUUCUAAAUUCAGCCGUGCCUAUUUUUAGCCCAGCGACCCCGACCGACUACAGACGUGCACGACCGACGUCCCAAAUAUAAACGACAGAAAAAAGGAAAGGGUCGUCUCUCCAUCCUUCAGCACAUUCCCCUCCAACUCCAACAUAAUCUCGAAACCCGUUCUCACACCUCAUCACCAACGCUUUCCUUCCCAUCUGGGUCACCUCCCCCUUAAAUAAAAAAUAAACGCGUCGUUCUACCGAGCAGGGACAAAAUGAAAAUGCAAAGUAUACAGAACAGCCGUCCAAACGACCCUGACUGUCGGCCCCAUUUUUCGACCGCAGUGGCCGCCGCCGCCGGCGGUGACAUCGCUAGCGUCCGUAGCGCCAUCUCUGCGGAUGUAGCGGCGGCUGGUCACCAUGACGACCGCCAAUAGGGGCUCGACGAGCGCGGGAGCUUUUCCCGGUUCGGGAAAGAGGGCAGCCCGGUCGCUGGCGAGCAGAUGGGUUUUCUCCGGACGUAAAUAAAGGAGACGGCACGCACCAUCCCUCGUGGCUCCUUCCGGAAGCAAAGCGAAAGAAGAGGAGGGAGGAGGAGGACGAGGAGAUGGAAGAUGGAGAGCGGAGGACGGGAGGAGGGUGGCGGAAGAUGGAAUGCCGGGAAGGGGCCUCCACCGGCGCCGACAUCCGAGCCCAAGUGCGCAUGGCGAUUGUGCCCGGGAGUCCGCGCCGCGGUGACGCCGGGUCGUUGGAUCACCAUUGAACACGCCCCGAGGAUUUCGUGAGCGGGAACCCUGCUUAAUUAAGAUCAUUCCUGACUCAAAUCAAGAGGACCUCUUCACCUUUCGGGACUGUGUUUUCGGCGCUCCACGCUCGUACUGGCAUGGAGGCUCCCUGGACGUGUCCCGGCUGACGCUGCGCUCGACCGCCUCGCUGGACCUGGUGGACACCGGCACCCAAGUGGACCUGUCAGCGGACACGAUCGCCUACGACUCCGACGAUGACAUGGUGAAGCGAAAGAUUAGCGUGCUGCGCAGCCGAAAGGGCCACCCGAUCUACUCGCGCGAGGACAUCCGAGAGCAGUACUGCAUAACGCGCAAGGAGCUCGCCGUCCUCGAGGACAAGCGAUCGACCCGGGGCCUCUUCGGCUGCCUGGCCGCCCAGGGACAGGCCGGAAGUCCCUGCAACGCCGCCCUCUUUUCCUGCGUCCAGCGCGCCUCCAGCGACGAGAACAUCCCACCCCCGCCGCCGCCGUCCACGGGCAAGGACCCAGAUGAGGACGAUGACUUCGCCAGCUCGGGCUUCCGCCGAAGGCCCAAGCCCUUCUGCCUGCAAGACCCAAAGCUGCGCUUCAGCAAUCUCGACUCCGUCGACAGCGACUCGGUCAGGGUUGUCGUCCACUCGAGGUCCUUCUCGGCACGACCGCGGCUUCAAAGCUGCAACAGCUACGGCAGCACGAGCCAGGGCAGCCUGGCCAGCAGUAACCUGAGCUAUUCCUCGCGUUCCGCGUCCCGGCCGUCCAACCUCAGCUUACAGUACGAGAGGGCUGCCGUCGGCCAGUGCCGCAGUGCCGACGCCCUUCACGACGGCUCCCGGAGACGGCAGAGCGACGGUGGCGUGAAGACACCCGACCUGCUGCUCGACGACCGGAGGCCCAAGCACGUGAGCUUCGAUUCCAACUCGCUUGUACGCAGCAAUACCGUGGCCGGGGGUCUCGAAGAUGUGGAGCUGAGUAUGGGACCCGCAGCCACAUCCACGCCUCUGGGGCGUCGCGCCGUCUCCACGCCGGACGGUUCCCAAGAAAGGCUCUUGGACGCUCGUUACUACCAAGAUUCUUUCGAGAGAUCUUCGUUCGGACGUCGACGGGCCCUUGUCAAGACGCAGGCUACGCAGACCGAGACAAUGGUCCAUGCCAAGCCCUCGCUGCCGGCAUACCUUACAUUGUCGCCGAGGGCAGCUCGGGGAGUCAAGCACAAGGCAACGCGCAGGCGCAAGACGAAGGAGAACCGCCGAGCAGGAACAUCCAUCAGCGACGACAGCGACGACGAGGACGUGAUGGAAGUUGACCUCGUCAGCAAGCAGCAGAGACUGCUGCCGUCACCAAAGACGCACAAGCAGGGCAAGGGGAAGGAUAGUAGCACCCUUUCGAAGCCAAAUGCAUCCGGAGAGGGCGCUUCAGAGGCGCGUAGUACGUCUUCCAGAGCUCAACUAGAAGAAUUACAUAGGGUGACGGCGAAAUCAACCUCCGCUAGGGAAAAUAGGGCUAGUUCGAAAGCAUUUGAGCCGAGUCGAAAUCACGGAGAUAUCGCUGCCACGCGGAAAGAUCCUCGACCCGACAACCACCAUUCAGGACCGCGAGUGGAACAGUUCACCGCAGCAGCGAAGCAGCACACGAUCAAAGAGCUUGCUAAGAACGAUGACGACAAGAAGGUGCGUCCCACGCCGGGAGAAGGCCUGACGUCCCCGGAUAGUGAGUCGUCCAGCAGCCAAUUUACUGAACGCGAAUCUUCGCGAAGCGAGCGUUCCACCAGCAGUUCUGGACCUGCCGCGGCGGCGAAACAGCGAAUUACUAACGCGGACGCCGGCCGGCAGGAUACGAGCGACAGCACCUCCGAGUACGUCACGGCAACCGAACACUCCGCCAAGCUGCGAGAUGCCGGGGGAACAACAAGCUCCGGCUCCGCCACCAUGCCCCGACGCGAUGGCACGGACACGUCCUUCGAAAGCGCGUCCUCAACAAGCGUGUUCAGUUCGCCGUGUUCGAGGAACGGCCAUCGAACCAAAACCCCAUCUCCCACACGUGACGACGCAGGCACGCGAGCCGCCUUGAAAGAUAACGAGGAUGGAGGACUAUCUUCCGAAGAAACGGAGAAGGGUCACAACGAUUCUUCUGACGAGUCCACCAAGAAAGAGGAACUAGCCCUGUCCUCAGAGUCUGGUGAAUAUUCCCUAGGACGCGCCGAGGGCGCGGAAAAUGACGGAGAUGACGAAGAUAGGACAGAUAAGUCAGAAGAUGAGGAAGAGACCUUGGAGAAAGAUGGUGAGGGCGAAGCAGGUGCGGUGCCCCAGCCACCGAGCGAGAGCACCCUAGCAUCUCCCGACCUGUGCAGGACGGCCUUCGAUCAGGAGGAAGACUCCUGUCAGAACGAUGACGAUACCGACGAUAUGGAACCGAUGAUGAUGCCACUGAUGACGUUCCGCGACGUCCAAAAUGCGAUCAAUCGCUCCGAAAUCCGGCAGUAUGACGAGCUCUCCACCGUUUCUGAGGUAUCGGAAGAAAACAGCAAUUCCGACCAGCAAAUCACCGAAAGGUAUCAGCCGCCCGCCCUCGGCAAACCGGAGGAGCCAAUAAAAAUCGAACCACCGCCGCAGGAAGAACGGGAAGCCUCCCCCGAGCAACCGAAGCAGCUCUACUCCUCGUCGGAGUACCUUGACUCUGAGGAAGUAGCAACGCCGAGCUUCGACAGCGCGACCACCACGUCUGGGAGCUUCAACCUGGACCCGGCGGCCAUCAGCAUCCUCGACCAAUCGCUCGAGACGAGCCACGCGUCGAACGUGUCCACGACCGACUCCGACGGCAAGAGCGUCGUCGUCGUCGAGGGCGACUCCACUCGGAACGACGACAGCACGGACGUUACCGACAGCUCGACGUCGACGCAGGGACGUCGGGAGGAGCAGCUAAAACUCAGCGCCUCCGUCUCGGCGCUGGGUCUUGAAGGCGGUGGCGCCAUCCCCAAGCAGAGCGGCGCGGAGCAUCGGCGGAGGCGUGAACGGGCAUCCCGAGUCCGCUGGGAAACGAUGGACACGUCCUGUACCGCGGGUCCACUGUCCCUGGAAGAGCGGCGCCGCGAGUACAACUGUCGGCGAUCGCGGUCCCUGUCCCGGAGUCCCGAGGGCAGCCGCGGGGUCCUGGAGGCCGCUGUGUGCAGCCAGUGUGGCGAGAAAGUGCGCGAGCACCGGGUUCCCGGGGCCUACUCUUGGGAGCGACCUCUGAUGCGAGCACACUGCCCGGACGGGCGCCGCUCGGCACCGUGUCCGGACUAUGGCCGACACCUUCCGCCCUACGCCGGGGACUUGUAUGACGACGACGAUGACGAUGAGGAUGCAGGCAUCCACACAAAAAGUUAUCGGCAAAACAACUGGCUCUACAUCAGCAAUGAAGACGAGCUGCUGGCAUGGAGACAACACCUGAAGGGCCACUGUAGAAGAAGGACGAGAAAAGAGUCCACAAGCAGCAUCCGGUCGGACUCGUCCCCUUCGUCGUCAUCCUCUUCGUCGCCGAGUCCGAGCCGCGCGGACUCGCCGGACUCGACCGAGUCCGAGCGAGAGUUCCGCCGCCACUACGUCACCAUCACCCACCGCAUGAUUCACAGGAAGGCCAGCGUCGAGAUGUACCGGCGGGUCGCCCACCGUUGCUUCGAGGCCACUAAAACGGUGAGGAUCGAGAAGAGCAACGGCGAGUUCGGAUUUCGAAUCCACGGAAGUCGGCCGGUGGUGGUGUCUGCCAUCGAAAAAGGGACUCCUGCAGAGACCUGCGGAUUGGAGGUGGGCGACAUCAUCAUCAGCAUAAACGGCAUCAGCGUGCUGGAGGCGUCUCACUCGGAGGUGGUCCGAAUAGCUCACGCUGGGACGGAGGUACUGGUGAUGGAGCUGGCUCGGACCUGCCACGUGCUCACGCCGACGGUGAAGGAGUACCCGCCCAUCAUGUGGGGCUACCUGCAGCGGCUCAGCAGCGGCGGCCAGGCCAAGCGCUGGUGCCGGCGCUGGUUCGUGCUCAAGCCCGACAACAGGCUCUACUGCUACAAGAACGAGCGGUCGAGCGAGCUGGUGGGAGCCGUCAUGCUGGAGGCCGUCUCAGUGAGCCGCGUGGUGGAGGCGGGCGCCGAGCACGCCUUCAAGGUCGUCAAAUCUCCCGGGACCACAUCCAACGCCAUCUACUUUGCAGCAGACGACGAGGAAGCUGCCAGCAGGUGGAUCAGUGCCUUGAACCAAGUCGCCUGCAUCGCUUCAAGGGGUGCUUCGUACAUGGACACCGUGGUGAGCCAGCUGCACGCUCCGUGCGGCUCCCUGGUGGAACCCGACUGUCAGGGCUACCUAUGCAAGCUCAGUCAGCAGUGGAAGUCUUGGAAGAAGCGGUUCCUCGUGCUCAAAGACGCCUGCCUCUACUUCUACAAGGACCGCAACGCGCCGGUCGCCAUUGGUGCUUUUCUGCUUCACGGGUACCGUGUGCAGAGCUGCUCCAUGUCCGGCAAAAAGAACACGUUCGAAGCCAUACCCCCUGAGCCCCUGAUGCGGCACCUGCACUUUCUGGCGGAUACGGAGAACGAGAAAAAGAGAUGGCUCGCCUCGAUGGAAUAUUCAAUUGACCGCUGGAUAAAAGUUUGAUGAAGAUGUUAAGCUAAGAAGAAAAUUGUGGAAUUGUGCCAAACGAGUAUUCUGCUUGGAGGAUGUUCUUCCGGGAGGUCCCUGCAGCGACGCAGCGGAGGAUUCUAGGAGACGUAGUGUCAACGCAGUCUUGAGGAUGCACUGUACAUAUCAUGAGCAGACAGACUACGGCAGUCUCCAUGCACCGGAAUAGUGUCCAGAAUAAGUUGAUGAACUGAAUUUAGCCCAGUGCGUGUUGUGUGCAGUGCAGCCUGUUGACACCAUACUUAGGCAUGUUGGAAUUGAGCGUACCAUAACUAGUCUCGAACCUACUGUUACCAAUGGUUGUUGACAAGGAACAAACUGGCCGAUAACACCAGUCGUGCGUGUUGCCAAUACGGUUCGCAUAGUAGCGUGUUCACACUUUCCCAGACUUUAAACCAUGAUUUGCUCCGACAAAGCCAAUAAGCGGAAGGCCCUUAUAAGAGAAGCAGAGAAAUAUAAUAAGAUAUCUCACACGAGACUUUCGGGUCAUUCCUUCGACUCCUACUUUUAAUAAUUUCUCAUGUUA